GUAAACAAACAUGGCGGAACUCUGUCUCUGCGGUUUCUGUCGGACACGUGCGGUUACCAUGGCGACGUUAGCCGACAGCUAGCUGUUAGCCGUUAGCUAGCUGUUAGCCGUUAGCUCAGAGUCCUGAUCCAGACCUGCAGGCCAGCUGGAUGGACAUGGAUCAGUACAGUAUUCUGGGUCGGGUCGGAGAAGGAGCUCACGGCAUCGUCUUCAAGGCCAAACACAUCGAGACAGGAGAGACGGUGGCUCUGAAGAAAGUGGCUCUGAGGCGGCUGGAGGACGGCAUCCCCAACCAGGCUCUGAGGGAGAUCAAGGCCCUGCAGGAGAUCGAGGACAACCAGCAUGUGGUGAAGCUGAAGGACGUCUUUCCUCACGGGACGGGCUUCGUCCUGGUGUUUGACUUCAUGCUGUCCGACCUCUCUGAGGUCAUCAGGAACUCCGAGCGACCUUUGACCCCGGCUCAGGUCAAAGGGUACAUGAUGAUGCUGCUGAAGGGCGUGGCCUUCCUGCAUCACAACAACAUCAUGCACCGGGACCUGAAGCCAGCCAACCUCCUCAUCAGCUCUUCAGGUCAUCUGAAGAUUGCAGACUUCGGUUUGGCCAGACUGUUCAGUGAACACGGAGAGAGACUGUACAGCCACCAGGUGGCCACCAGGUGGUACAGAGCUCCUGAGCUGCUGUACGGAGCCAGAAGGUACGACGAGGGAGUCGACCUGUGGGCGGUGGGCUGUAUCUUCGGUGAGCUCCUGAACUCGUCUCCUCUGUUUCCUGGAGAGAACGACAUCGAGCAGCUCUGCUGCGUCCUCAGAGUCCUCGGGACGCCGACGCAGGACAGCUGGCCGGAGAUCGUGGAGUUACCAGAUUACAAUAAAAUCACCUUUAAGGAGAAUCCAGCGAUCCCAUUGGAGGAGAUCGUCCCGGACACGCCCCCUCAGGCCAUCGACCUGCUCUACAAGUUCCUGGUUUAUCCGUCCAAUCAGCGCUGCUCUGCCAGACAGGCUCUCCUCCAUCCGUUCUUUUUCUCCUCUCCUCUUCCUGCUCAUCACUCAGAGCUGCCCAUCCCUCAGAGGGGGGGUCGCCCCCCCCGCCAGCGGCUGCAGGCUCCGCCCACCGACUUCUCAGUGGACCUGCCCCUGCAGAACAGCUUGGUAGACCCCGCACUGCUGCGAGGACACGCCUCCUGCCUCUGAACGAUGACCGACUGACCAAUCACAUUUAAAUACAAAUAUAAACAUAAAAUAAAUAUUAAUAUGAAAUGUGAUCAACGACUCUAUCAGUUCAUGAAGCUCAGACAGGAAGUUGACCUCCUGUGUUUCCAUAAUAAUAAGAAUACAACAUGAAAAGAUCAAAGAAAUUAAGUUUUUAAUGAUUAUUAUGGGAGUUCAGCCUGAUGAGUAUCAGGUCUGAACAGGUGAUGCUGAGUUCAUCUGUUCACCUGUUCACCUAAUUACCUGUUCACCUGAUUACCCUGUCACAUGUUCACCUGAUUACCUGUUCAUCUAUUCACCUGUUCACCUGAUUACCUGUUCACCUGAUUACCUGUUCACCUGAUUACCUGUUCACCUGAUUACCCUGUCACCUGUUCACCUGAUUACCUGUUCACCUGAUUACCUGUUUACCUGUUCACCUGUUUACCUGUUCACCUGUUUACCUGUUCACCUGUUGAAUCAGUCUGGCUCUCAUCUGAUCCACAGUUCUAGAAGAACUUUGUCAUUGUGUUUAUUGUCAUUCAUUGUAUUUU